AUUUCUCGUUCUAGAUCCUUCCUGCCCGUUAACGAAGCAGAAGGCAGUGUAGGGUAAAAGAGUUAACUAGGGUUAGUUACUUAACCCAAGCAAAGAGCAAGGGAAGGGCAGAAACUGAGUUAAAACAUGGUUUCUCGGAGGAAUGUGAGACAGAGCUGGAAGGAAAAAAAAAAAAAGGUAAAAGAAGGAAAGAGAGAGAAGAGAGACAAGGUGCUUUCUUGUGUUUACACAAUUGAGUCGACCCGGACGAUUUCUUGCCUCCCUUUACACUUCCCCUGAUACCUUCUCUUUUUUCAACUGGCCUAUUCCGACUCUUAAAUCAACUCCGGGAUUUUAUUUGUUUUUGUUUUGUUUUUUCCCGAAGUUAAAAUUUAAUCGACAAGGCGGGUAUUCGGGAUAACUUUGUAUCUUUGAUAUUUCCUUCAGAUCUCGACAUCUGGUAUUUUUGGGGUUUCCUGCCGUUUAUGGCAACUAAAGAUGGCUUAUUCAAUGUAGUAUAAGGAUAGAUCUUCAUUUUGGUCUGCCGAUUUUGUGGAUUGGGUUCUGUUUCUUCAUUUUCUUUUUCAGUUUUUGGGUUGGGGUUUUAGUUUUGGUUUUAUUGAUUGAUGAUUGUUGGUGAAUUGGGGUUUUUUCUUGUUCAUUUGCGAUUGGCUUUGGAGUUCGGGGCCUUCUCGGAGGGGAAGAAACUCUCUUCCAUUAUCACCUCUUUCUCCGGCUGCCAGGAAAGCCGUGAUUGGUUUUUCUCGACUUUUCAUGUCUCGUAAGUUGGACAGUCCUGUUCAAACUCAGAUGGCAGUGGCAGUGUUUAAGAGUCCUCUUAGAGGGGAAUAUCCUAGGAACAAUAGAAUGGAAGGGAAACCACCUACUGGGAGGAGACGGGUUUUUGUGCAAACAGAGACUGGAUGUGUCUUAGGCAUGGAGUUGGAUCGCAAUGACAAUGCUCAUACGGUUAAAAAAAGGUUGCAGGUUGCGCUUAACUUCCCUACAGAGCAAAGCUUGCUGACUUUCGGGGAUGUGGAGUUGAAGAAUGAUCUUAGUGCCAUUCGGAAUGAUUCUCCACUUCUCCUAACACGAAACUAUCUACACAGAAGCUCCUCUACUCCUUGUCUUUCGCCUACUGGAAGGGAUCUUCAGCAGAGAGAUAGAAGUGGCCCUAUUGAGAUACUGGGACAUUCUGACAGCUUUAACGUAUUAAAAGUUCUGGUGAAGGACAUUGUUAAGGCAAUUAAGAUGGGUGUUGAUCCACUUCCUGUCCAUGGUGGUCUUGGGGGUGCCUACCACUUUAGGAAUCCUAGAGGUGAGAGUGUUGCAAUUGUGAAGCCAACAGAUGAAGAACCUUUUGCACCAAACAAUCCGAAAGGCUUUGUUGGGAAUGCCCUUGGACAACCAGGUUUGAAACGUUCGGUUCGAGUAGGUGAGACAGGUUUCAGAGAAGUUGUAGCUUAUCUUCUGGACUACGGUCAUUUUGCUAAUGUGCCACCAACAGCGCUGGUGAAGAUUACUCACUCAGUCUUCAAUGUAAAUGAUGGUGUGAAUGGACAUAAGCCUCACAAGAAGAAUCUAGUUAGCAAGAUUGCAUCUUUCCAACAGUUUAUACCACAUGAUUUUGACGCUAGCGAUCAUGGAACCUCAAGCUUCCCUGUUUCUGCUGUGCACUGCAUAGGGAUACUUGAUAUACGGAUUUUUAACACAGACAGGCAUGCAGGAAACCUUUUAGUGCGGAAGCUUGAUGGUAUUGGGAGGUUUGGUCAGGUGGAACUCAUUCCUAUUGAUCAUGGGCUUUGCUUGCCAGAAACUUUGGAGGAUCCAUAUUUUGAGUGGAUUCAUUGGCCUCAGGCUUCUAUUCCUUUCUCUGAGGAUGAACUUGAGUAUAUAGAAAAGCUUGAUCCUAUUAAGGAUUGUGAGAUGCUGCGAAGGGAACUCCCCAUGAUACGGGAAGCUUGUCUUCGUGUUCUGAUACUCUGCACAAUUUUCCUUAAGGAAGCUGCAGCUUUUGGUCUCUGCCUUGCUGAAAUUGGUGAGAUGAUGAGUAGAGAAUUUCGGGCUGGAGAGGAGGAACCUAGUGAGCUAGAAGUUGUUUGUCUUGAGGCAAGGAGAUUAAUGGAAGAGAGGGAGCUGUCAUCCCCUAAGUCCAAUGUGGGAGAUGCAGAGUUCCAGUUUGAUAUUGACUGUGAGGAACCAGAAUUAGACUUAACCCCAAAAAUGGCUACAGAUGAUUUUAUAACCAGAGCACCAUUCCAAUUUGGAAAUGGAUUUGUGAAUAACCGUAUUCCACUUUCAAAGCUGGAGGAAUGCUUUGAGGAAGAUGAGGAAGGCGAAGGAGAAGCAGAGCAUGAGGGUUUCUCUGCUUUCAAAGCUCUUGAAAGGAUACCAUCCAUUUCAAAGCUUUCAAUGUCACUUAAAGAUACUAGCUUAGGUGACAAGAGCCAGAAGUAUUCUAAAUUUUCUGGAACAAGACAAGAAAAUGGCUGUCUUACUAGCUCAUCCGGGCAUAGGAGUGCAAAUGAGCUGCUUCCUGCAAGUGUGAGCUUUGUGAAGCUGGCUGACAUGAAUGAGGAGGAAUGGACCUUCUUCUUGGAUAAGUUUCAGGAGUUGCUCAAACCAGCAUUUGAUAAACGUAAAUCUGUUACCUUAGGUCAGAAGCAGAUACAGAGGCUUGGUACUUCGUGCCAGUUUUGAGAUUGAGGUGCCAGUGUGUCAAUACCAGAGAGUUGAGUUGACUGAAGAUGAAAUAAGACUGUAGGUUUUGUUGGGACCUGGGAUGAAGGAUUGUUAGUUAGAUUCAGUAUAUGGGUUUGCCCCAGGCAAUGUUUUAGUUUGGGAGCACCUGUAGGAGGAAUCGCUGUAAAUACUCUUUGGCUUCAGCUAAGUGGAGAGCCGAGUAUAAAAUGGGUGUAUUUCUUCUUUAAGCUUUUAGCUUUGAUUUUGGUUUUUUCCUUCUUUUCUCUGACUUCCUUAUGGACUUUGUUAGAUAAAUAAUAUGUAGAAUGUAGUAAAAAAAAAGAAUAUUUAUGUAAAUGGGGUCAUUCAAUCCUUGUGUUCUGAAAUCUUGCUUAAGGUCCAUUGUUCAUUCACAUGAGUUGGAUGGCAAAUUCAUUGGUAUUACUUCUUUGCUUUUUCAUGGUUCGUUUUGGAUGUAUAAGAGAUGAAUAAUGAUCAAGUGAUGGAAUAUUCAUAUGUUAAUAGUUUGAAUGGAAGAUACAUGUAAUAUAUCCAAAAAAAAAAAAAUAGUAAAUCAUGAUUUUGCUUACAAGUGAAUCUAUAUUGUUAUUCCACCGUACAAGUCAUAAAUGUAAACAGUAAAGCAUUAUAUUAUCAGAUCCAUUCUUAUCAAUAUGUGUGACAAUGGGUUGUUUAAUCAAACAAUAUAUCAUUUUAGAUUAAAGUGUUGUCAGUAA